AUGUAUGGUUUUGGUUUUCAACAGGUCUACGAAGUCGAGCAGUUCUUGCGGCUGUUCGGCAUUGUGCACAGAAGACUGCAUUUGUCAUCCAGAACUAUAAUCCAAAGCGGAUUGGGAUACAACAAAAGACGUUUAUCAAUUUCAUCUACAAAAUCGCAACCGCCAUAUCCUAUAUCUAUGUCUACAGCAAUCACUCCUAAUAAAAAUGCGCAUACUACUCUACCCUUUUUGAAUGAUUCACUUCGGCGGGAGAUGUCAUUGCAAGCAGAUGUUAAUGUGCAUCACAUUGAAAAAGGACUACAAGGACUGUCUUUUGCUUCAGAUGCUUCUCGCACAGCUCCGAACUUUAAUUUGGCAUCUUCCUCGUCGAAGCAGACUUCUAUGGAUGCAAGUAGUUUACAUUGCGGUGACUCUAUUACAUUCGAUCCCAACUCGAACGCUACUCGACCAGUUGAGCAAAAGCAAUAUCAACUUUGGAGUGCACCACCAUGGAAUGCUUUGCUAGAACAUCGAGUUUAUAAUAAUCAAGCAAGCAUUGCUUCUGCGUGGGAUUCACUUUUGAACCAUUAA